AUGUUGAACUGGCUGCAUGUGCACGACAAGCUUUUCUCAUGGGCCUCCAACAAUACGGACAAAGUUUCUCAGGAGGCCAAAGAAUACUGGGAUCGUCUUUCGGGCGAAGAAAGCGUGCAAAUGCUACAGCUCGAAGAGCCUGAAAGGACGUUGCCUGUCUACUGGCACGCGGAUGGAGUUCGUGUUUACAAGCAGCAGAAGUGUUGGAUAUACUCUUUUGGAUGUGCCUUGAAGAAGGGUCCAUCCUUGUCCUCCAAGUUAUUCAUGCUGCUGGUCAGGGAAAACCUUGUGUGGAAGCCGUUUACUCACGAUCGCAUUGCUGAGUUGAUCGGCUGGAUACAAGGUGUGCUGCAGCGAGGUGUGUUUCCAGAACACGACUUCGAAGGCAAUGCCUGGCCACGUGGGUCGCCCGAAGCUGAGAAAGCGAACCGCCCUUUUGCCGGUGGCUACAAACUGGCCUUCAGUGGUUUCAAGGGGGAUUGGGAAGCGAGAGUCUUGCUGCACAAGCUGCCACGCUCAUACAAUCACAAUUAUAUUUGUGAACACUGCCCAGCUUCUAAGCUGAGCGGUGCUUUCAACUAUCGCAACUUUGCUCCCGACGCACCGUACCUCCAGGCUCAGUUUACACACAACCAAUACCUGCUCAUGACACCGCCAGAGCUACGAUCCAGCUGGACGCAUGUGCCUGGCUGGACAAAAGACAGAAACCUCGAAGACCUCCUUCAUGUACUACAUCAAGGUGUGGCGUGCUGCGUUAUACCGGCACUUGUGUGUGCUCACUUGGAAGAAAAGUUCGGUGACGCGUUGACAUUGAAGAAGCUGGACGAAGAGUUGCAGGGAUCCGCAUACACCGUGAAGAUGAUGAUGUACUGGGUGCAUGCCUUUAUGUCUGAUGUGGCGCAGGAGACGGCCGGUGGACCCGAGCGUGCGCGGCUGUCCUACGCCUUCGCACAAGUGCAGUGGUGUUUCGAUAGCAGCGGGCCUUGGUUGAGCGACUUUGUGCGGGAUCGUUCGGUGAAGCUUGGCUGGGCUUUUUUGAUGAUGUAUCAGUGCAUGAGUGCGGGAAACAUGACAUCCGCCAAGCGCAAUUUCAAGAUAGACGAGGACCUGAUGAAACAGCUGGGUCACAUCGCUUCCUCCACCCACCCGAACACGAUGGAUAGUGUCACGUGCAAUCGCUACAGAGCGUUGCUCGAGUAUGGUGGCAUCUUUUGA